AUGUCUUCUCACCAAGCGCCUCUCAAGUCCAUGCUUGAGGAGAAGAAGUUCGUCGAUCUUCGAAUCACUUGCAAGGACCAGACCUUCAUGGUCCAUCGAGUGAUCAUCUGCGGACACUCCAAGUUUUUCGACACUGCAUCGGUACCAUCGACCUUCAGGCUUCCAGAGGAUGACCCUGAACUGGUCAGAAGACUCAUCGACUACGCCUACACCGGAAAAUACACAGAUUCUGCUGAGAAAAAGAACAACGUUUCCCAACCAAAAAAUACGAAUAAAUUCGGAGACAUGUUACUCGCCGCCGAUAUGUACAAACUCGCCGACAAGUUUAUGGCACCGGAGCUCAAGGCAUACAGCCUAAAGCGGUUCAAGGAAGAAGCGGAACGACUGAAGGCCUGGCCUCAUAGCAAAGACAUGGCAGGAUUCUCCGCUGUCAUCGACAAGGUCUAUAACCUGGCGCCGCCCGACGCCGAGGCUGACCUCCGCCCCUGUGUAAUAGGGUUAAUAUGCGGCAACGUGCACGUCAAAGCCUUUUGGGAGGGCCUGCAAGAAACCUUUGGUCAGAAUCCGGAUGUCGCCAUCGAAGUGAUGGACAAGCUUCGGCAAGAGUUGUGGCAUGAACAGCAAGCUCACGCAGACUUGCGCGAUUCCCACGAUUCCCGGGAAGAUUUUCCAGCAUCGCGCUGUCGUCGGCGACCGAGAUAG